GAGAAAACAGAAGUUCUGAGCGAAGACCUUUUGCAGGUGGAAAAGCGUUUGGAGCUGGUGAAGCAGGUUUCCCACAGCACUCACAAGAAGCUGACAGCAUGUCUGCAGGGCCAGCAAGGGGUGGAUGCCGACAAGCGCUCGAAAAAGUUACCUUUGACGACACUGGCCCAGUGCUUAAUGGAGGGCUCUGCCAUUCUAGGGGACGACUCCCUGCUUGGGAAGAUGCUCAAAUUAUGUGGAGAGGCUGAGGAUAAAUUAGCCCAAGAGCUUAUCAAUUUUGAGCUGCAAGUAGAAAGGGAUGUGAUUGAGCCUCUGUUUGUACUAGCAGAGGUGGAAAUCCCGAAUAUCCAAAAACAGAGGAAGCAUUUAGCAAAAUUAGUACUGGACAUGGAUUCCUCAAGGACAAGGUGGCAGCAGUCUGCUAAGUCGUCGGGUUUGUCAAGCAACCUGCAGCCAUCGGGUGCCAAAGCCGAUGCUCUCAGGGAAGAGAUGGAGGAAGCAGCAAACAGAGUGGAGAUUUGCAGGGACCAGCUCUCAGCUGACAUGUACAAUUUUGUGGCCAAAGAAAUAGACUAUGCAAACUACUUUGAAACUUUAAUAGAAGUGCAAGCAGAAUACCAUAGGAAGUCAUUAGCACUUUUACAGAACGUGUUGCCUCAGAUAAAAGCACAGCAGGAAGCUUGGAUUGAGAAGCCCUCCUUUGGGAAGCCCUUGGAGGAGCAUCUGGCAGUCAGUGGGAGGGAAAUCGCCUUCCCCAUUGAGGCAUGUGUGACCAUGCUGCUUGAGUGUGGCAUGCAGGAGGAGGGUCUCUUCAGGGUGGCUCCCUCCGCCUCCAAGUUAAAGAAACUCAAAGCUGCUCUAGACUGCUGUGUAGUGGAUGUGCAAGAGUAUUCAGCCGACCCGCAUGCCAUUGCAGGAGCACUGAAGUCCUAUCUCCGAGAGCUGCCAGAGCCUCUCAUGACCUUUGAACUUUAUGAAGAAUGGAUUCAAGCCUCCAACAUCCAGGACCAAGAUAAGAGGCUGCAGGCCCUAUGGAAUGCCUGUGAAAAAUUGCCCAAGACCAACUACAACAACAUCAGAUACCUGAUCAAAUUUUUAGCAAAGCUAACAGAGUACCAGGAUGCUAACAAAAUGACACCGAGCAACGUGGCAAUAGUGCUGGGUCCCAAUCUCCUUUGGCCUCAAGCAGAAGGGAACAUCACAGAGAUGAUGACGACAGUCUCUCUGCAGAUUGUUGGAAUUAUCGAGCCCCUCAUCCAGCACGCCGACUGGUUCUUUCCUGGAGACAUCGAAUUCAAUGUGACUGGAAACUAUGGCAGUCCCAUGCACGUUAAUCACAACGCCAACUACAGCUCCAUGCCUUCACCUGACAUGGACCACUCUGACCGCAAACAGCAUGACCAGGCCCGGCGCCCCCUCAGCGUGGCCACGGACAACAUGAUGCUGGAGUUUUAUAAAAAGGAUGGCAUGGGCGUCAGGGUGAUGGACACAUCUUGGGUGGCCCGCAGAGGCACCUCCAUAGUUCGAAAAGCGUCCUCCACCCCGCCUGCCAUGCAGCCCCCUGCUCCGCCUUCCGAUCUUCCUGCUGCUCCUCAGUCACCAAUUCCUGAGCAAUCUCUUGAUAUUUCAGCUACUCCCCCCCCUACUCCAACUAGCUUUGGCUUCCAGCCAGGAGCUGAACGGACAAGCACAGAUGAUGUGUCGUCUAGUUGGUCGGAUUCCUGUUACAACUACCCUUCCCCCGAGGAUGACAGGCCUUCCCCUUUUCCUUGCUAUCGUCACCUCCAUCAUUUCUACCCCAAGGCUAGACCUGAGGCCCUCUCACCACCAUACCGGUGGUCAGGGUACAGCCAAACUCUGCCUCCCCCUUCCUCUUCCUCCUCCUCUGCUUCUUCCUCCCUUCAGCAGCUUGACAUUAACUCUAACCCUAAACCGUGCUUCCUGCACCUCCCCAAGCAGAGCUCCUUCACUGAAUCGCAUGCUCCCGAUAUUAAUAUCUCCCCCCUGUACAUCAAAACCCCACUUGUCUUAACCAAACCUGAUCCACCUGGCACUCCUCACAACCCCUUAAUGUCAGCCUCUCCCCCCUGGGUCAGCUGCACCUGUGCCAGAGACAGAGGAGCCGGGCUGAGUAGUACUUUAAAAACCAAGGAGCUUUCGCCUGUGUCUGGGCAGCAGAAAGGCAGCCCAGGCUCCAGUAGCAUGGCGCCCUGUGGGAGCACCCAGCAAGCAGCUGGUCCCACUCAGCAGCUGUCCACGGAGCAGAGCCCACACACGCUGCGAAAAGUUUCAAAGAAGCUGGCACCAAUCCCACCCAAGGUUCCCUACGGCCAGUCAGGCGGUAUGUCCGACCAGUCCACGGGACAGCCAUCCCCCGUCAGCCUGUCUCCCACCCCACCGAGCACCCCUUCACCCUAUGGACUGAAUUACCCACAAGGCUACUCUCUGGCCUCAGGCCAACUGUCCCCAGCUGCUGCGCCUUCCCUGUCUUCUCCUCCUUCCCUGACGAGCACUUUAACCAAAUCUCGACCUACCCCUAAGCCAAGGCAGAGGCCCACGCUGCCACCUCCACAGCCUCCCACAGCAAACCUCUCCGGCUCUAGUCCUCAGUCUAUGGAGCACUCCAUGCUUGAUGGCAUGUCCCCCGGGGAAAGCAUGUCCACAGAUCUCGUCCACUUUGAUAUCCCUUCUAUACAUAUAGAGAUUGAUACUGCACUCCACCGGGAUCCACUGGAACAUAUCCAGAGACAUUCAGUAACAAGGAAAGGUGAUUUGGAAGAGGAGGAGGAAGAGUCGGAAAGCACCGCCCUAUGACACACAGUCCCUUUCCCAUGGUGACUCUUGUACAUACAUGUGAUCCCAUUAGCACUCCUGGGGGAGGCACCUCCCACGAUCUUGCCAAGUUUCCUUUCAGUCGGGGCUCCGUUCAUCUGCUGCCAGCGUGAGAUGGACAGAUGUGUGCUGAGAAAAUGGGAUAGCCGGUCUCAGUGGCAAAUGCAUUUCUGGUGCAAUUUCUGUUUCUUAUUUGUCUGUUUGUUUUGCCUUAUCCAAACUUUGCCUUUUGACUUGGUGCCUAAUUACCUCCCUUUCAAGCUUUCAAUGUUUUUCCAAAAAUAAUCUCCUGUCUGCCCCAGCAUGUGCACUCACUCUCCCUCUCUCUCCUUUUCAUUUGUCUCAAGGGAGAAAGGACGGGUGGUCCUUGCAGCUGUGGUGCCCAAUAGGCUUGGCUCAGGUUUCACCUCUGUCACCAAAUGGGUGGGAAGUGGCUGUUCUCUGUCCCCUUAUUCUGUAGCUGGUGAAAUCCUUGCCCUUCUGCCCCAGCUGUACUGCUUUGUUGUUAAUACCCAUUUUGUCUCCAUCCCUUGCAUAAAAGUCAAGGAAUGAGACCUAUUUCCAUAUCACAGAGAUAGGGAAGUGUCACUUUCUGUGUCCUCCUUAACCAUGAAAGGCUGGUGUUUUCUAAACUGCCUGCCAAAAUGAAGGCUUUAGGAUGACCCCUGCAGGUGUCUCUUCAAAGGGGAUGGAUGUUUAGUCCCGUGGGAAUCUCAGCAGUGUUUCAUAGUAUCCAAAUAUUUUGCCUUGGGUUUUCUUUUUCCUGCUGGUUUGUCUGACUACUUCCAAUUGGCAGGGAAAUUGCUCCUCGUCUGAAACACAGAGAGAGACUUGGUAAGGUAUCAGGGAAGUAGGUCUGAUCAUUCUUCUUAUGUUCACUUGCUCUCGUCGGUACAGCAGUUGGGAGUGUUACGGACGUGCACACAACUUGCGAAGAGGGAGUAGGCUCUGGUGUUAUGAAUGGGAUUGUGCGAUACCUCUUUGUUUUGAGAGGCGUUGUGGUCUGAAUAGCAAUAAUGUGCUUUUGUCUCCCCAAAACCAUGCUUCAGCAGGUGGGGUCUAGCCCAGAUGGACAACCUUGCCUUUUGGCUCACUACUCUCCAGUGAGAUUUCCUUGUCCCUGCCCUACCCUGUGCUACAAGUUCAUUCAUCAAU